CUCUCUCUCUCUCUCUCUCUCUACUUAGUCAUCAGCUAACAUUUUCCAACGUUACCUGCAAGUCUGCGGCAACUGCUAUACACCUUCUCUUCUUUUCUCCUCAAAGUGCUACCCCUUGGUAUUACCUUUUUCUGUCUUCCUUCCUUCCUUUCUUUCUUUCUUUCCUUCUUUCUUUCUCUAUUAUUUUUUUUUUUAUUUUCAGCUCAGAACUAGCUGCUGCUUCGAUUCUGGCUAGCUACUCACGUGUCUUGGAAUUACCAGACACGGAGAUUCUUCUCUUCUUCUUUUUUUUCUUGUAACAAUAAUUAAGGAGGAAUAGAAAAUUAAAAAUAAUCGGGAGAAGUUGGGAGAUCCAAUUAAUGGCAGCGCCGCCGGGUAGCCGGCUGCAAACGAUGCUGCAGACGGCGGUGCAGGCGGUUCAGUGGACUUACAGUCUCUUCUGGCAGUUCUGUCCACAACAAGGGAUAUUAGUGUGGGGAGAUGGAUACUACAAUGGAGCGAUCAAGACGAGGAAAACGGUGCAGCCGAUGGAGGUGAGUGCGGAGGAGGCGUCGCUGCAAAGGAGCCAGCAGCUGAGGGAGCUUUACGAGUCGUUGUCGGCUGGAGAGACCAACCAGCCGCCACGGAGGCCGUCGGCAGCCUUGUCGCCGGAGGACUUGACGGAGUCCGAGUGGUUUUAUCUCAUGUGUGUCUCCUUCUCUUUCCCUCCUGGCAUGGGGGUACCAGGAAAGGCAUAUGCAAAGAGGCAGCAUGUGUGGCUUACGGGUGCAAAUGAAGUGGACAGCAAAGUGUUUUCAAGAGCUAUUCUUGCAAAGAGCGCUCGCAUACAGACUGUGGUAUGCAUUCCUCUAUUAGAUGGUGUUGUAGAACUCGGCACCACGGAUAGGGUUCAGGAGGACGCGGGAUUUAUCCAACAUGUAAAGAGCUUCUUCACUGCAGACCACCACAAUCCCUCUCCGAAGCCAGCCCUCUCCGAGCACUCAACUUCUAAUCCCACCUCAUCCUCCGGCCACCCUCGCUUCUCUCCGCCGCCACUCCUCGCCAUGUACACGGCGGCCCACCCGCCGGCCAAUGUCAAUCAAGAAGAAGACGACGACGAAGAAGAAGAGGAAGAGGAGGAGGAGGAAGAAGAAGAGGAGGAGGAGGAAGAAGAAGGCGAUUCCGAAUCCGAAGCGGUAGGGAAUGCUCAACCUAUUCCUGUGGCGGCGGCCGCAGGUCAGAACCCCCAGCUGGAUGGUCGGGAAGUGGUGCAGGUUGCGGCUCAAGCGGCGGCGGCUGAACCGAGCGAGCUCAUGCAGCUAGAGAUGUCGGAGGAUAUCCGAUUCGGGUCACCGGAGGAUGGAUCAAAUAAUUUGGACUCGGAUUUUCACAUGCUUACAGUGAGCCAAUCAGGGAACAUGACCAACAUGCAUCAGCGCCAGGCUGACUCAUAUAGAGCUGAAUCAUCUAGGAGGUGGCCAUUGAUGCAGGACCCUUUGAGCACCGGUUGUCUUCAACCCCCACCUUCAGUUACCCCUCCCCCAAUGGACGAAUUGACACAAGAAGACACCCACUACUCCCAAACCGUCUCCGCCAUCCUCCAAAACCAGUCCUCCUGCCGGUGGCCCGCCGACCCCUCCACAGUCACCGGCGGCUGCUACCCCAUUUACUCCCCUCACUCCUCCUUCUCCAAGUGGACCACUCGCUCCGACCACCUCCUCCCCGUCCCUGUCGUCGACGACAACUCCCAGUACCUCCUCAAGUACAUCCUCCUCACCGUCCCCUUCCUCCACGCCAAGUUCCGCGACGACGCUUCCCCCAAAUCCCGCGACGGCGACGCCUCCCCCGCUGCCGCUGCCGCGCGCUUCCGCAAGGGAACCCCGCAAGAGGAGCUCAGCGCAAACCACGUCCUCGCCGAGCGCCGUCGCCGCGAAAAGCUCAACGAGCGCUUCAUCAUUUUGCGCUCCCUCGUCCCGUUCGUGACCAAGAUGGACAAGGCUUCGAUUCUCGGCGACACCAUCGAGUACGUGAAGCAGCUACGCCGAAAGAUCCAGGAUCUGGAGGCUCGGACCCGGCAGAUGGACUCGGAUCAGCGUUCCAGGUCGGGCGGGGACCCGCAGAAGACGGGCAGUAGCUUGAAAAGCGGAGUCACGGGUUCGGAUCGGGCUCGGGGGGUUCCCGGGUCGGACAAGAGGAAGCUAAGGAUCGUGGAGGGCAACGGCGGCGGAGCGAAACCGAAGGCAGUGGAGACACCGACUCCUCUUCCGCCGCCGCCGCCUCUUCCGUCGCCGACGGCUAUGGGGAGCACGACGGUGGAGGUGUCGAUCAUAGAGAGAGAUGCAUUACUGGAAUUGCAGUGUGUGUACAGGGAAGGGUUGUUGCUGGAUAUAAUGCAGAUGCUGCGGGAGCUUCGGGUGGAGGUGACGGCGGUUCAGUCGUCUUUGAACAACGGCGUGUUUGUGGCCGAAAUGAGAGCCAAGGUGAAGGAAAAUGUGAACGGGAAGAGAGCAAGCAUUGUGGAAGUAAAGAGAGCAAUAAACCAAAUAAUACCACUCGACUCAUGACUCCCUACCUCCACACACCUAAUAUAAUUAGUAACUGUACUAAUGUAUCCUCCCCCCCACCCCCCUAGAGAGUAGACUGAAUAAUCCACCCUCAAAUCUUGACUCAUUUAACUGCUAUCUGCUUAGGAAAUAGUUGUAAGAUGAGAAGGAAAAAUAUAGCUUUAUCAUGACAGACAA